AGCCAGCUUCUCACAAGGAAAGAAAAUCUCAAAACUCACAGUGCACUGCACAGGCAGAGGCAGAGAGAGCUAGCUUCCCAGAGGAUGGAGGGUUUCAGCCAGGAGCAUGUCACUGGAAUUCCUCUGACAUCCUUUGCAUAUGCUGAUGAGAAAACGCAAGCGAAAACAUCCCGGUCUUGUUUGGUUCAUAAGAAAGGCAAGAAACAUUCCAUCAUUUAUCGGGUGAGCAAACUGAGCCAAAAGACAGAUAGCUAUGUGCAGGGUUUCAAAGAACACAUAACUCUGGGACCAAAUAUCUCUGACACGCUCAAGGGGAAGCUGAGUCUCGGUGCAAAGGUUCUCCAAGCUGGUAGCAUCGACAAGGUCUUCAGGCAAUACUUUCAAGUCGGCGAAGAUGAGAAGCUACUGAAGGCUUUCCAGUGUUAUCUGUCAACCACAGCUGGCCCAAUAGCUGGAAUGCUUUUCAUCUCCUCUGAAAAGAUUGGCUUCCACAGCGAUAGGCCUUUGGAUUUAACAUCACCAAAAGGAGGCAUCACAAGGGUUCCCUACAAGGUCUUGAUCCCAGCAAAGAGGCUAAAGAGUGCUGCAGUGAGAGAGAAUUUGUACAACCCUGACGAGAAGUAUAUUGAUGUAGUUACUGUUGAUGGCUUUGAUUUUUGGUUUAUGGGUUUCAUCAGCUAUACAAAAACGUUCAAAUAUCUCCAGCGUGUAAUUUCAGAAUUUUAGAUGAUACACCCAGUUCUGUUAUCUGAAGCAUACUCCAUACCAUGUUGAUAUGGUAUAUGUACAUUGAACAUAUACAAUUGAACAAUGAAAAGCAUUUUUUUUUCUUGACAAAACAAAGU